GAGCGUGGUGAGGUCGAUCGGUGGGUUUGGAAGAAGUAGCUGAUUCAUACUGCAAGAGUUGUGAUUUAUGUGAGAGUUAUUAUUCGCUCAUUUGUCAUUGGACUGUAUAACGUUUGGUUUACCAUUCAACAGACGACUUUUUCUGUUAGUGUUGAAGUCGUACCGUGUUGAUGAGCUCACUCAGAAUGGACUCAUCAUUGACUGCAGCUCAAAUCCGGGAGAAUUUUAUAGAGUUCUUCCGUAAAAAUGAACACCAGUAUGUUCACUCAUCAUCCACCAUCCCCAUGGAUGACCCUACUCUGCUUUUUGCCAAUGCAGGGAUGAACCAGUUUAAGCCCAUCUUCCUCAACACCAUAGAUCCCUCCCACCCCAUGGCCAAGCUGAAACGUGCUGCCAACACCCAGAAGUGUAUCCGUGCAGGAGGCAAACACAAUGACCUGGACGAUGUGGGCAAAGACGUCUACCACCACACAUUCUUUGAGAUGCUUGGGUCCUGGUCCUUUGGGGACUACUUCAAGCACCUGGCAUGCAAGAUGGCUUUGGAUCUCCUGACCCAGGAGUUUGGUAUUCCAAUAGAGCAUUUAUAUGUCACCUACUUUGGAGGUAAUGAGGAUGCAGGCCUGGAGCCUGACCUGGAGUGCAGACAGAUCUGGCUUGACUUGGGGGUAGAAGAACCACGCAUCAUUCCAGGCAGUAUGAAGGAUAACUUCUGGGAGAUGGGCGAUACUGGUCCCUGCGGCCCCUGUAGUGAGAUCCACUAUGAUCGCAUUGGAGGGAGAGAUGCUGCUCACCUGGUGAACAUGGAUGAUCCAAACGUCCUGGAGAUCUGGAAUCUGGUGUUCAUACAGUUCAAUAGAGAAUCAGAGACUGUCCUGAAACUGCUGCCUCAGAAGAGCAUUGACACAGGUAUGGGUCUGGAGCGCCUGGUGUCUGUACUGCAGAACAAGAUGUCCAACUAUGACACUGAUCUCUUUCUUCCAUACUUUGACGCCAUUCAGAAGGGAACAGGUGCUCGGCCUUACACUGGUAAAGUAGGUGCUGAGGACACCGAUGGCAUUGACAUGGCCUACCGUGUGCUGGCCGACCAUGCCCGCACAAUAACCAUUGCCCUGUCAGACGGUGGCCGGCCUGACAACUCAGGAAGAGGGUAUGUGUUGAGAAGAAUCCUGCGUCGUGGAGUUCGUUAUUCCUUUGAGAAGCUGGGAGCUGAGAAAGGUUUUUUUGCUUCUCUGGUGGAUGUUGUGGUUGACUCUUUGGGCGAUGCAUUCCCAGAGUUGAAAAAGGACCCAGAAAUGGUGAAGGAUAUUAUUAAUGAAGAAGAGGCGCAGUUCCUCAAAACCCUCACUAGGGGACGUCGUAUCCUUGAUAGAAAAAUCAUGAGUCUGGGUGAAAGCAAAACUAUCCCAGGUGACACAGCAUGGCUUUUGUAUGACACCUACGGCUUCCCUCUGGAUCUGACUGCCCUCAUCGCAGAGGAAAAAGGGAUGGCUGUGGACAUGGCUGCUUUUGAAGAGGAGAAAAAAGCAGCACAGCUAAAGUCCCAGGGUAAGGGUGCUGGUGAUGAGGACCACAUCAUGUUGGAUAUCUAUGCAAUUGACGAGCUGAGAAACAAGAACAUACUCAUCACAGAUGACUCUCCCAAAUACAACUAUACCUCAAAUGAAAAUGGCAACUACGAAUUUCAGCAGGCCUCUGCCACUGUGCUGGCCCUGCGCCAUGACCGUGCCUUCUUUGAGGAAGUGACCACCGGGCAGGAAUGUGGCGUGCUGCUCGACCAGACGUCCUUCUACGCUGAGCAGGGUGGACAAAUUUUUGAUGAGGGCUACAUGCUCAAAGAGGAUGACAACUCUGAAGAUCGGAUGGAGUUCACAGUGAAAAACACACAGGUCAGAGGAGGAUACGUUCUCCAUGUGGGAACAGUGUAUGGAACACUGAAGGUUGGAGAUCGUGUCACGUUAUAUGUGGAUGAGGCUCGCCGUCGGCCUAUCAUGAGCAACCACACAGCAACACACAUCCUCAAUUUUGCCCUGCGGGGAGUUUUGGGGGAGGCAGACCAGAGAGGCUCCCUGGUUGCCCCUAAUCGCUUGCGGUUUGAUUUCACUGCCAAAGGUGCUCUGAGCACUGGGGAGGUCCGCCGCACUGAGGAAAUGGCUUGUGCCAUGAUAAGAGAGGCUAAGCCGGUGUACGCCAUGGAAGCUCCACUAGGAGAAGCCAAGGCUAUUCAAGGUCUGCGUGCUGUGUUUGACGAGACCUACCCCGACCCUGUCAGAGUCGUCUCUAUUGGUAUCCCUGUUCAAGACCUGCUGGACGACCCCAGUAGUGCCGCUGGUUCCCUCACCUCUAUUGAGUUUUGUGGUGGAACCCAUCUGCAGAACUCGGGUCACGCUGCGCCGUUUGUCAUUGUCUCAGAGGAUCCUAUCGCUAAGGGCAUCCGCCGCAUUGUUGCCGUGACAGGAGCAGAGGCUCAGAAGGCCCAGAGGAAAGCAGACGCCUUGCACCACACUCUGUCUGCACUGGGAGAAAAGGUCAAGCAACAGACCGUCCCAAACAAGGACGUACAGAAAGAGAUCGCCGACAUGAGAGAGUCCUUAGAUACAGCAGUGAUCUCCAAGUGGCAGAAGGACGAGAUGAGGGAAACAUUAAAUAGCUUGAAGAAGACCAUGGACGACCUAGACCGCGCCAACAAAGCGGAUAUCCAGAAGAGAGUCCUGAAUAAGACUAAAGAAGUGAUUGAGAGCAACCCCAACCAGCCAUUACUUAUCAUGGAGCUGGAGAAUGGAGCCUCAGCAAAGGCCCUGAACGAGUCACUGAAGCUCUUGAGGACACAGUCUCCUCAAACCGCUGCCAUGCUGUUCACUGUAGACUAUGAUGCUGGCAAGAUCAUCUGCUUGUGUGAAGUCCCACAGGAGGUGGUCAACCGUGGUCUGAAGGCAAGUGAGUGGGUUCAGGAGGUGUGCCCUCUGAUGGAUGGCAAAGGAGGCGGCAAGGACACGUCAGCCCAGGCCUUGGGCAAGAACACACAGUGCCUGCAGGAGGCGCUACAAAUUGCUAAUGAGUUUGCAAGGCUGAAACUAGGAGAGAACUGAUAAGAUAGCAGGGAGUGAGGUUGGAAACAAGAGGAGGAUGGUACAGGAAGCAGGUGAGGAGGUUUAACUCUGUUCAGGUUUAGGGUGACUGUGGCAUCAGCACAUCCCAGGUUUGUUGUCUUCUUUUGUUUUGGAUGGGGUUAACAUUUCUCACUCCUGCAUGCUGACAAAUAACUUCCAAUCUGCACAAAAGGAACCACUAAGUUUUAUUUAUUGGAAGAAUGCUUGCUGUACUGGUCAAAUUAAUCCCUGUGGAAAUUUACUUUAAAGAAGUGAUAGUUUUUGCAUGUUUGCGUACAGAGGGUAUAAAAUGGACGUAGUUUACUGAUAGUCAGCCUCUGCAGCUUCCACCUCAGACUUUGUGGAGAAUGUUUGUCUCAUCUCGCUCUCUUCAUCUCUCUGCCGUCCUGCUCUGCUUUUAUUGGCGUUUGAGCUCAUUGUGGCCACAUUCAGUUAGAAACAAACCCCAAAGCACUUUUACCAUCCUGCUUCCUGCUGCAACAACUCUCAACUCUUUUGUAAGUGUACAGUUUGCUCCAGAGGCUCAGGAGUAACUCUGUGGAGAAAAGUCAGAUAUCACUUCAGCCCUCGGACGAUUUUUAAAAUGCGUAGUUUUGUGCACGCUGGAGGCUUCAUUCAGCCGUUUGACACUUGUUUCUCUUUGGGGUGGGGGGGUAUGUAGGUGUUUUUAAAAAAGCUUCUAAACGCUUUGGGCCUGAAGGAUUCAAUGUGGUGAGGGUGAAAACCCUUCUGUGAUUAGUUGGGUUUUAGUUUCAUGUGCAUCAACAAACCGAUCAGGUCUUAAUAGUAGGAUACUAACUGAAUCAUUAUCUUAUUGUGGGAAUUACAAACCAUUUGUCUGUAAGAAUUCUUCAUCUGUGUAAAAUGUUCAUAUUGUCUAUAACUUCAUUAACUUGACAUUAAUAUUAAUUAAAUGCAAAAUCAUAAAA